AUGGAGGAAGGCUCUCUCACCAGGAUCCAGGGUGACAGAGAGCAUGAUGCCAAGGGCCUGCUUGGGAAAAAGAGAGCUGAGGCUCUGGCUAAAGCCACGCGCCACCAGUUCUACCAGAGUGACCGCGUCAAAAAGUUCAACAGCAUGCUCCUGCUUACCGAGACCCUGAAGGUGAGAGAGGAGCAGAUGGAGAUAAAGCGUCAGAUGGAGAUCGCUGCCGAAGAGGAGACCAAGAAGUUCAUGGCAGAGAUCAGGCGGCAGGAGCUGGAGGCCGUGGAGAGGGAGCGGGAAAAAGUGAGGCGGCGCGAGAGGGAACAGGCGGCUAAUGCUGAGUGUCUGAGGCAGCAGCUGAAGAAUCCGGACCUCACGAUGAAACUUGAGAGGGAAAAGGAGGUGGAGGAGUGCCAACGCUGGCGGGAGAGGUACGAGCGUGAGAAGGCUGAGGUGCGGAAGAGGGAAAAAGAGGAGAAAGUGAGCGCCAGGAAGGCGCAUGAGUUCCUCAUAUCCGCGCGGGACGCUAUCCGGGCAAGGGAGGCGCAGAGGCACGAGAUGGAGGAGGAGCGGCGGAGGCUGGCGUACGAAGAGAAGGAGCGGAGGGCAAGGAGGAGAGAGGAAGAGGGGGCAGAGAGGCGCAGGCAGAUCCAAAUGUACAAGCAGAAGCUGGCGUAUCAGCUGGCUGCACAGCUGCGGGAGAAGGCCGGGCGACACGACGAGCAAACUGACAGGGCCAUGGAGCAGGCCGACGCCCGCCACAAGAGCGAGGUGGAGCGCAAGCGACAGGAGAAGGCCGAGAAGACCAAGGCCACUCUCAAAGCCAUCGCUGCCGCGAGGGAGCUGAGAUGUAGGGUGCUGGAGCAAAGGGUGCAAGAGGAGCAGAGGAUUGCGCGGGAUGUGCUCCACGCCAACCAGGAGGCAGACCGCGCCCACUGGGAGGGGCAGCAGCUGAAACGGCAGAAGAAGAAGGAGGCGCGCGGCUCUAUGGACGGCAUACUCCGACAACAAAUGGCCGAAAGGCUCACCAAGGGGCAGCUGUCGAGGAGCGAGCUGCUGGACUUUGAAAAGAAGAACGCUCAGCUGCUCGCAGAGGAGGAGGAGCAGUUCCAGCAGUACACGGCGGAGGUGAUCGAAGCGGCCGCCAAGACCAACCGCAACACGUGUGCGCUCCGCAAGGCCGCCAGGCAGACCAUGGUGUGUGGCCUGGGCCCUAUCACCGGAGGAAUGAGGGCCGGUUAUCUGAUCUCCAGCAGUCCCUCCCAUGCAAGGGUGCCCAAUUACAUCGGCACCACAAAUGAGAACAUCAAAAGGCUGUACGCCAGCACUGGUGCCCAGCACGACAGAAGAAUGGACUUCAUAUGGUGA